AUGGCUUCGGAGAAUCCCCAGAAGAUUGGUGAGUGUGCCGAAUAAUACUACUACUUCGACCCAAUGGCAACGCCACUAACAGUAAAAUCUGCACAGCCAUCCUCUCCGUCUACGACAAGACAGGCCUCUUGGAUCUCGCAAAAGGCCUGGUCAAGCAGAAUGUGCGCCUCUUGGCUUCUGGUGGUACAGCUAGACUGAUCCGUGAGGCCGGCUUUCCUGUAGAAGAUGUCUCAGCAAUCACGAAGGCCCCCGAAAUGCUUUCUGGACGUGUCAAGACUCUGCACCCUGCAGUUCACGCCGGCAUCUUAGCUCGGGACCUUGCUUCUGAUGAGAAAGAUCUUGCAGAGCAGAAUAUCAACAAGGUCGACUACGUAAUCUGCAACCUCUAUCCGUUCAAGGACACCGUCGCGAAGAUCAACGUCACCAUUCCAGAGGCUGUUGAAGAGAUUGAUAUUGGCGGAGUCACACUGAUCCGGGCCGCAGCCAAGAAUCACGGUCGUGUCACCAUCCUCAGCGACCCAGAGGACUACCAUGACUUCUUGCAGGAAUUGGAAAAGGGCGAAGUUACUGAGCAACAGAGACAGCGGUAUGCUCUGAAGGCCUUCUCUCACACCGCCGACUACGACACUGCCAUCGCAGAUUUCUUCCGCAAGAAAUAUGCAGGAGACGGCUCGCAGCAACUGUCCCUCCGUUACGGCACCAACCCCCACCAGAAGCCCGCAUCUGCGUACGUGACAAGCGGACAGCUACCGUUCAAAGUUCUCGCUGGCUCUCCUGGCUACAUCAAUCUUCUCGAUGCACUCAAUGCCUGGCCCCUGGUCAAGGAACUUAGUGAGGCCCUCCAAUACCCAGCCGCCGCUUCAUUCAAGCAUGUCUCCCCAGCAGGUGCCGCUAUCGGCGUACCUCUGAGCGACGUGGAGAAGAAGGUAUACAUGGUCGAGGACAUCGAAGGACUGGAGAACUCAGGACUUGCCCAGGCUUAUGCUCGUGCUCGAGGCGCCGACCGCAUGUCUAGCUUUGGCGACAUCAUUGCGCUGUCUCAUGAGGUUGAUGUUCCCACUGCCAAGAUCAUCGGCAAGGAGGUCAGCGAUGGAGUCGUCGCACCAGGUUACCAGCCUGAAGCACUUGCGAUCCUCAGCAAAAAGAAGGGCGGCAAGUACCUCGUACUUCAGAUGGACCCGGCAUACAACCCGCCCGCUCAAGAGGUCCGAACGCUCUACGGCAUCAACCUCACGCAGAACCGCAACGAUGCUCAGAUCUCGCCACAAAGCACCUUCAACUCGGUCAUUGUGCCCAAGGAGUCGAAGCCUUUACCGGAAUCUGCUCUACGAGAUCUCACCGUGGCGACGAUCGCUCUAAAAUUCACCCAGUCCAACUCGGUCUGCUAUGCCCUGAACGGCCAAGUAAUUGGUCUAGGAGCCGGCCAGCAGUCGCGCAUCCACUGCACGAGACUCGCAGGCGACAAGACUGACAACUGGUGGAUGCGCUUCCACGACCGCGCUCUCGGGAUCAAAUGGAAGAAGGGCACGAAGCGCGCCGACAAGAGCAACGCGAUUGACUUACUCUGCUCCGGCAUCGUGCCCGACAGCGGCCCCGAGCGUGAAGACUGGGAGAAGAACUUCGAAGAAGUGCCCCAGCCUUUCACAUUGGAGGAGCGCAAGGCUUGGUUGUCUAAGCUCUCCGAGGUCGCUGUCUCCAGUGACGCUUUCUUCCCCUUCACCGACAACGUCUACCGCGUGGCUCGCUCGGGCGCGAAGUACGUCGCUGCCCCGACUGGUAGCCAGAAUGAUCAGCCAUGCUUUUCGACCGCCGAUCAGCUUGGUAUUACUUUUGUUGAGCAGCAUAUUCGACUCUUCCACCACUAA